AUGAAAAUUAAUAGAUCUAUAGCAAUAUUAUUGGGUUAAAAAGGGUGUGGAAAAACAGAAUUUCAUAGAAAAAUUUGUCAAAUACAAGAGAAGAUUGAAGAACCUUAACUUAUAUCGACAGCAUUUGGAAAUGGAUUCUUUGUAUUGGAUACUGAUGGAUUACAAUCCAAAGAAGACAUAUUACCAACUUUAGCAUAAAUACUUUCUGUUUCUUCGGGUCGUUUGAAUGCAAUUUUACUUUUGAUAAAAUACAGAGAGUUGUUAGAAAUGAAAAAAGAAUUAGAAGAAAAACUGAGCAUUCUUCAGCCAUAUUAGUAAAUACUGAUACUGAUAAUAUCUCAUUGGGACUUAGAAAAAUAAAAAGAAGAAUUAGAGAAAGAGAAUAUAAAAAAUUAAAUAAUUGAACCACUAAAAUUGAAAAAUCAUUUAUUUUCAGGUUUAAAUUCUGAUGGAAAUUCUAUUUGUUAAUAAAUUGAUAUGAUUAUUACUAAUGAAUAAAAUUCAGAGAUUGAUUUAUUUAAAACCAAUAUAUUAAAGCAAAUUGAAAUUAUAAAAACAAAGGAAGAGAUUGAUACAGUUGAAAUAGAGUCAAAAUUUUAAUAAAUUUGUGAUGGAGCUUGUGAUUUUAUUGAUUAAUUGAUUGAUAACUAAGAAUAAGAUAUAGUUUAAUAAAUGCAUGAACUGUGUCUAACUAUUAUAGACUAGGCUCAUUUGAUAAUGACGGAAUUUACAGAAUAACAUUCUAAGACAUUUGAAGAAUUAUUUGAAUAAUAUGGAAAUUGUUAAAAGACAUAUUAAAGUUAUACAAAAUUGAAGAUAAAAUUAAGGAAUAGGGUAAAUGAAGUAAUUCAAAAAGCUUAAACUUGUAGAUCCUGGGUAUAACUACCUUUAGGCGACAAUGUUAAAUAAUGUUAUAAUUGCGGUUUGAUCUGGGUUAAUUUAAAUAAUUGCCCAUAUGUUAGCUGUGGUCAACCUCAAAGUAAUGUUGAUAAAAAAAAAUAAACUCAAUUCAGAAGAUUUUAAUUUACAUUUUUAGGUACAAAUGUUUAAAGAACAAAACUUGAAAAUGAUCUCUCUAAUUAAUUAGGAGACCAAUCAAAAAUUUUAUUAAAAGGUUGUGGUGUGUCUUUCAAUUGGGAUACACUUCCUAUAUUGUCAUAAUAUUAAUAGUAAUAACUAGGAUAGGAAUUAUUUAUUAGUACUCUUAUUGAUUAAUAAAAAUAAUUAAAACAAGAAUUAUUUAAUGAUCCUAUAACGAAUAAACAUGUUAAAUAAUAGAUAUAAUAAGAAUAGAGUAUCGAUGCUGGUGGAAUAUCAAUUUAACCAGAUUUUCCUCAAACUGAGAAAUCAAGUUGUUGUUCAAGUUGUAUGAUUUGUUGA